AUGUCACCCCCCACCACCACGGCAGCAAACCAAUACAUCCGCCAAAUCCUCCACCACACCGACCCACCCCCUCCCAUCGCCGCCCGCUUCUUCUACACCUCUCCCAUCCCCAUCGACGACCCCCUCUCUCCUCUUCCACCUCCCACCACCGCCGCGACGGUGAAUCUCAAGCAAGAACCGAAAGCUUUCUCGGAAUAUGAUAAUACGGCGCUGGAUCGAGCGUGGAAUGAGUUGAGGAGGAAGAUUUUGAGAUUUCAUGAAGAGAGGGGGGAGAAAGGGGAGGGGGAGAGGGGGAGUUCGGCCGUUGGGAGGAGAGAGGGGGAGAGGGAGGGUGGGGUGAGGGGGAAGGGGAAGGGGGUUGGGUCGGGGUUGGGGAAAGAUGAUGGGUUGCCACAGAGGGAGGAGGAGGAAGCGGAGGGGUCGGACCAUGCUGGUGUUGGUGUUAGUGCGGCGGAGUUGUCGUCUAGUCCUGCUACGACUGGGACGCCUUUUUUGCGAGCUCCGUCGCGGAGGAAAGUGGAGUCUUCUUCCGUGGUGCCGGGUGUUGAAGAGAGGCCUGCGAGACCGAAGGUGCGGCAGCUGGAUACCUAUGACUGGGAAGAUGCUUCGCAUUUGGUGGAUCAUAGUCCUGCUCCUCGGAAAGUGUCGAAGGCGAAGAAGGAGGAGGCUACACCGACUAUGAAAGUCGCAGUGGGCGUCUCUCGACUGCAUCAAGUGGAAAUGCCAGAUCUUCAAAUGACGCCGAUAUACUGGACACCGGUGAACGACGUCGCGCAAGUGGUGCGUGGAACAUGGUUCUACCAAGAUACGAUGUUACCCGUGGAAACUCCCGUCGCGAACAUGUUGGAAGCGGGAUACAUCGAUCUGCAAUGCUGGACGGAGACGUGGAAGGACGAACUGGAUAGUGCGGUGGAAGUGGGUGCCGCGGGGGAGAUGAAGAUUGUGCAUAUGCUGUGGCCGGAUAAGCCUCCUGUGAAGGGAGCGCCGGAGACGGUGGAGCAGAGGCAUGAGAGGGCUGUGGAGGCGGCGGCGGAUAUUAUUGAUAUUUCAACGGGGCCGGGAGGGUCGGACAAUAAGGCUUCGGGGGUGACGACGUGGGGGAGAGCGGGUGCUGUGAGGGUUUAUGCGAGUUGUGGUGUUAUCUACUCGAACGAGAGGGAGGCGACGAUUCUCAAGCCGACUUUGCUUCCGUCGGCGUACUAUGGCAGACGGCCGCUGGCGAACUACAUUCGCAAAGGGAGGCAGAUUGGGAUUCCCGUUGUGCGAGGAUUUGAUCAGGCGGUCUGGGAUAAGCUGCAUCCACCGAAGACGAGCGCGAAGAAGACUCAAGCUGAACGUGGGACUGCGACUUCAGGAGCGAAUGCGGCGCGACGAUCUGUUGAGGAUCCUGCGCUGGCGAAGAGUGAUCGACCGCAAGUCUCGGACCUGGUACUGGUCAUUCACGGUAUCGGACAGAAAUUGAGCCAACGCAUGGAAAGCUUCAACUUCACCCACGCCAUCAACGACUUCCGACGAGAGAUCCAAGUCGAAUGUGGUAAAGAAGACGUCAAGACCCAUUUCCGCCCCGACAUGGGCGGCAUGAUGGUCCUACCCGUCAACUGGCGCCAUCAACUCUCCUUCGAAGAAGGCGGCUACCGCAACGACGACGGCUCCAAAGACCAGUCCUCUGACGACUUCACCCUCAACGACAUCACCCCCGACUCCCUCCCCUCCGUCCGCGGCAUCGUCUCCGACGUCAUGCUCGACAUCCCCUACUACAUGUCCCAACACCAACCCCAAAUGAUCGCCGCCGUCAUUGCGGAAGCCAACCGCGUCUACCAACUCUGGUGCCAAAACAACCCCGGAUUCGCUCAACAUGGCAGAGUGCACAUCAUCGCACACUCUCUCGGCAGCGUCAUGGCGAUCGACAUCCUCUCCAACCAACCCACCAUCCUUCCCCCCUCACUCGCCGACCCGACAUCCAUUGACCUCAAAACCACGACGCUCGACCACCUCCUCUUCCAAACCCACUCCCUCUUCCUCGCCGGCUCACCAGCCGGUUUCUUCCUCCUCCUCCGCCGCGCCCGUCUCCGUCCUCGAAUCGACUUCCCUUCCACCUCCGCCCUCGCCGAUCCCACAUCCAACACCCCUGAUAUAUGCGGUCCCCGCGGUCAAUACGGCUGUAUAGCAGUGCACAACAUCUACAACAUAAUGAACGGCUACGACCCCGUCGCCUACCAAAUGAACGCCACCGUCGACCGUUCCCUCGCCUCUUCCCUACGCAAAGCCAUCAUCCCCUCCAACACUCCCGGCUACUGGUUCGCCGCCGGAACCUCCUCCACCACACGGUGGUUUUCCGGUCGUCCUCCCACCUCUUCCACUUCUUCUCAUCCAGUGCUACCGCGCCUCCCCUCGCAGGUCGAGAUGGAAGUCCAUGACUUCUCAAAAGAGGAAGUCGCGGAGAAGAGAAUGGUGUUGUUGAAUGAUAACGGACAGAUUGAUUUCUAUCUGAGAUAUGGAGGGGGAUGGUUGGAGAUUCAGUAUUUGACCAUGUUGGGGGCGCAUAGCAGUUAUUGGGGACUGAGAGAUUUUAUCCGGUUGGUGGUUGUGGAGGUGGGGAGGAGAGGGGGCAGGGAGGGGACGUUGGCGGGGUUGAGGGGGGUUAAGAAGAAGGGGGGUGGUGGGGGGAGGUGA